AGAUCUCGUUUCUUGGGCUGUAAUCUCGCGAGAAUUCAAGUUCUCAUGCGCUCUCCCAGAAGCCACUGCUCUUCCUCUUCCAGUAAGCGGCCUAAGGUGAUCUUUGAAAAUGGUUCGCUAUUCGCUUGACCCAGAAAACCCCACAAAAUCGUGUAAAUCAAGAGGUUCAAAUCUUCGUGUUCACUUUAAGAACACCCGUGAAACUGCUCAGGCCAUCAAGGGUAUGCAUAUCCGUAAAGCCACCAAGUAUCUGAAGGAUGUCACUUUACAGAAGCAAUGUGUACCAUUCAGGCGUUACAAUGGUGGAGUUGGUAGGUGUGCCCAGGCCAAACAGUGGGGUUGGACACAGGGUCGGUGGCCCAAAAAGAGUGCUGAAUUUUUGCUGCACAUGCUUAAAAAUGCAGAGAGUAAUGCUGAACUUAAGGGUUUAGAUGUAGAUUCUCUGGUGAUUGAGCAUAUCCAGGUGAACAAAGCACCCAAGAUGCGCCGCCGUACUUACAGAGCUCAUGGUCGGAUUAACCCAUACAUGAGCUCCCCUUGCCACAUCGAGAUGAUCCUUACUGAAAAGGAACAAAUCGUUCCCAAACCAGAAGAGGAGGUUGCACAGAAGAAAAAGAUAUCCCAGAAGAAACUGAAGAAACAAAAACUUAUGGCUCGAGAAUAAAUUCAGAAUAAAAUAAAUAUAAAUAAAAG